AUCAUAAUAUGUGUUGCCUAGUUAAUUAUCGGUCGCAUAGCAACGCCUUAAACAAUCUGUCGAGGGAAGCUAACACGCUAGCUCAGCAAAACAGUUUGGAUCUUUAGAAACUGUCGAGAAACUGAUGUUGCUUUAAGAAUAAUGGACCGAGAACUGAACGAAGAAGAGCUACAGGAUUUGUACGCAUGGAUAGACAAAAUAUCUCUGUCCCGACCCAAGAGACACAUCACCAGAGACUUCAGUGACGGAGUGAUGGCUGCAGAGGUUGUCAAAUAUUUCUUCCCAAAGCUUGUUGACCUGCACAACUAUAUUCCUGCAAACUCUACACAGCAGAAGCUCAGCAACUGGAACCUACUCAACAGGAAGGUAUUUUCCAAGCUGAACUUCCACGUUCCUGAAGAGACAGUGAAGAGGAUUGUACUGAGCACUGCAGGAAUGAUAGAGCCAGUACUGAGCGCCCUCAGGGACAAGAUAGACAAGAAACUGGAGCAGACAACAGAGAAUAUACUGGAUUUGGAAUACUAUGACACGAGAAACCAAGAAAUAACCCCUACAGAAAUUCGUCAGACUGAAGCAAAACUUUUGGCUCAGCUGACACAACAAGAGAUGAAAAAAGAUGAAAAGAGCAGAAUUAAAAAUGGAAUAAUAAAACCACAGCUCCCAGCACAGGUAUAUGCAGACAUGGGCCCUACAUUACGACUAUUCCUGCAGGAAAAAGAGCAAGCUGUCAUGGAUUUGCAAGAGACUGUGGAGAUCCUGCAGAUGAAAGUGAGCAGGUUAGAGCAUCUGGUUCGCUUGAAGGACAUGCGUAUUGAAGAUCUGAUGAGGCAUCUGGAGACGUACAAAGCAAAAGGCAAUAGACACUGAUACAAACAUGUCCCCAUAGAGAAUUUGUUUUGAAAGCUAUGAGUUAAAAUUCUGUAACACCAACUCUAAUAAACUCUUACAUUAUAAAAAAGUUUAAGUUGAAUCAAAGGAUCAGUUCAUAUUCUCAGAUUAUUGUCUUACCUGCUAAAAUGCGUCACACCUGUUGAAAUGCAACAGGGGGAUUACUUGUUUUCUAUGUAAAAUGUGUUUUUGUGCUGAAAAAACAGGGGUUUCGGUAAUUUAAUUCACACUCACAUGAAUUGCACCAUUCACAAUAGAGAAAUAUAGGUACAAACAAUAUAGACAUGCCACUGUGUCUCACUCUUGAAAGUGCACAUUUCAGGAGGAUUUAUCUAAUUUGACAUUUUUAAAUAUUAACAUUUUAAUUUCAUGAUGUAAUAAGGGCAGUACAACACCUGUUUCGUCUAUGAUAUACAGUAGU